AUGAAACUUCUAAUUUUGUUGGAGGGGGCUGAGUGGGGGCUGAGUGGGUGCCCGAGGGGGGCCGUGACGGCACUCCCUCUACGUCCGGUGCCAGCGCCACGUCGCCGGCUGUUCACUGCUGCCCAGGAGUCGCAGCCAGCGCCCCCUGCUGCCCAGGAGCCGUACCCAGCGCCCCCUGUGCCCAAGGAGGAGUGGCCCGAGCCGCCUGAGCCCGAAGAGGAGUGGCCCGAGCCGCCUGAGCCCGAGGAUGAGUGGCCCGAGCCGCCUGAGCCCGAGGAGUGGCCUGCACCGCCUGAGUUUGCAACGUCGCCCUCUCCUAUCCAGGCCGCCCUGGCGCCUCCCCUGCCAGCUCCUGACCCUCCGCCGGCUCUCCCGAUUCCUGGCCCUCCGCUGGCUCUCCCGGGUUCUGGCCUUCCGCCGGGUCUCCCGGCUUCUGGCCCUCCGCCAGCUCCUGACCCUCCGCCUCCCCGGCCUGUCGCAACGGCUCUGCCGCCCUGGGGCUGUUCCACCCCCUCGGCGGGUUCGUGUCGGCCCCCGGCCCAAACCAACUGUGCCAUCAAUGUGAAAACACUGGCCAUUGGAUCAAAGAUUGGCCUGAAGGAACGACAGGACACUGCCCACGUCGCAACAGAGGGGGUCAACCCCCGCGCCCUCACACCAUCAGUCCCUGACGCCGGAGCCUGGCCCUCUCAGAAGCCAAGCCCGCAGCGGCUGACCCAGUACAGGGAAUGCCCCAAUCGAGACGUUCGCCUGCGACAAAGCCCCGUGGCGGUACGGGAUUGGCCACGGCGUCCCCACCGCCAUCUGGGCCGCCUCCGCAAACCACAGGGCACCCGGGCGAAAGGGGGCGAUCAGUAUGAGCGACAACCCCUCCGACCGCACCUGAGACAUGACAGGGAGAAUGCACUGUAG